GGGUGCAGGCUGCCUGCUCUCUGCUCGGUUCGUACUAAUAACCACAGGCUGCUGCCUGUGAUCUCAGAGACGCCUGGGACCGUGGGUGCACAGACACAGGAAGCUGGGAGCUGUCGCGCAAACACCUCCCCCAACGCUCGCAGCUGAAGCAAGAGCGCGGACCUGGCUGUGCGCGCUUGUCUGCAGCCCCGGCGUCGCACCGAGCCCAGGAGGGUCUGCGUGGGGUAAUCAGAAAUCGUACUUGCGUUCAGCUUCAAGCCGUCUACCAUAAACGAAUGUAACCAGGAAUUCUGCAGAUGCUGGAAAUUCAAGCAACACACAUAAAAGUUGCUGGUGAACGCAGCAGGCCAGGCAGCAUCUCUAGGAAGAGGUGCAGUCGACGUUUCAGGCCGAGACCCCUCGUCAGGACUAACUGAAGGAAGAAUUGAGGGACGAUGCCUCCGUGGAGGACCAGCCGUGGCCUUGUCCUCGGUCUCUUGACGUGCUUGAGUCUGACCCUGGUGACCGCUGAAUCUGUGGCCACUCCCGCACAAGGCGAUGAGGCAGACAACCUCCCAGCCCAGAAGCUGAACGCAGCUGCAGCCCCAGGUGAGGGUGCGGCCACACCGUGGGUCAAAACCCCAAAGAGGACCGUGACUGUGACCCCUCAAAGCGAUGUGCUGACAAAGAAGGCCUCAGUGGUGGAGCAAGGCCCGAAGAAGGCCUCACUGAAAAGGCUGAGCCGUUCGCGGCGGGACCAGACUUCACCCAGUAACAACAAGGAGGAGGCAAAGGUAAAAGUGGAUGCUCUGCCACAGCGGACGGGCCUGGUUGUGGUCCUCGUGCUGCUCCUGUUUGCUCUGUUGGUGACCCUGACCGGAGCCUGGUGCAAGCUGCGGGAGUACGGGGGCACCGGGGCCUACUACCCUUGGCAGAUGGAGACCGGCGCCCAUGGCACCCGUCGGUGGGCCCGCAUCCUGAGGUCCUUCCUGCCCGGGAGGGCUUCCUCCCAGCGGGGAGAUCCGGAGGCGGAGGAUCAGAAGAUCAUGGAUGACGAGAAUGAGGGGGAGGAUGAGGAAGACGAGGAGGAGCCCGGGAGCGAGGACGAGGAGGAGGAAGAGGAGGGAGGAAGCAAGUUGAGGAAGGAGGGGGACUCCCUCAGUGACUAUUCGAGCCUAGGGGGCAUCGACCUGCGAGAGAGAGCAGGGGCGGUGGGCGGAGGGGACGAGGAAUCCCUCCCCCCUCCGUCGUCAUCUCCCCGAGGGAGCCAGGUCCUGGGCGGCCUCCAUUCGCUCGCAGGGUCAGCCCCCUGGGGAGAAACGGGCCAGGACGUGACAGCUCUGUGAGGGGGAUGAGGGGAGUGAGGGGGAGCAACAAUAUUUCUAUCUUCGUCAUCCUGCACGAAAUGUUUUGCUGGGAUCUUGCUGUGCAGCUGAUGGCUGUGAUCCACAGGAUGCUGGGAGAUGGUGGGGAGA